AUGGAACGAACUGAAAACAAAGGAACUAAAAAGCGAGUAUCAGUGUCGGGAAUAAAACGUUGUGUCCAUGUGAAAAAAAAUUUACCAAGCUGGGCUCAAGAACAUCAACACGCAGCCCUCAUGUUUCUCUCCGCUCAGAGUACGGAAAUCAAAAAAUCUCCCAAAGUGGCUACCAGACACAGGAGCGACGAACAAAACGGAGAAACACUGCAGUUGGAAUCCAAAGAGUAUUUGCAAGGGUGGGCCCGGGCUCAAGAUGCACAUACUGAACAAAAACCUUCUCUUCAGAAUCAAAUGCCAUCAAGCGUGGUCGCCAGCCCUACGUUACAUCAAUGCGGAAGUGGAGUAGAGAGCGAUGUGAAGAAACAAAGCUCGGGAUCGAACAAGAUGGCUUUUAAGGAAUUUGAAGGCACAAGAAACCCCUCUUUCUUUGAUGAAAAGGAUGUCUACGACACUGGUUUUGGAACACUCUUCCAGAGUGGAGACUCCCCGUUCCAGAAGAAGGCUUCCUUGGGAGGGCAAUUUGAUGAUGCACCUGAUUCGCUAUUAGUACUCGCCAAUGCUGCAGUUUCGGACCACAGCAGCAAACAUCCUUGCAACAACCUAAAAGAAAAAGACGUGUUCGAGGGGAAAUUGAAGAACACAUAA